GUAAAAAGACGUAAUUUAUUAUUUAAUGUUUAUUGCGUCUCAGUUUUACACUCCGACUCUCGUGUUUGGUCAUCUUGUACGUGAUAAUCGUAUUAAACUUAAAAUUCUGUAUUAAACCGAUAACCGAUUAGUGUUUGUUCACUUACAUUCCUGUGCAAUUAUUUCAUGUAGAUCAACUUAAUUCUGUUGUUAAAAAUAAAGAAAAAUACUUUUUAAGUUUCAAUCACGAUAUCAUUAAACUAACACAAACACAUAUUAACCUAUUGGAUAACGAAUAUACUAAAUCAAAUUUGCUACGACCAAUAGGGUCCAACUAGUCGAAUCAGUCCCCAUGGGUCGAAUAUUCCUUGAUCACGUAGGCGGUGAUCGACUGUAUGCGUGUGCUGCAUGCGACACAAAUCUGACUAAUCGUGAUGAGUUGAUUAGUACCAGAUUCACAGGUGCAACGGGUCGAGCAUUUCUAUUCAACAAAGUUGUAAACCUCAAUUAUAGUGAUGUGCAAGAUCGAGUAAUGUUAACUGGUCGUCAUAUAGUGCGAGAUGUAUCCUGUAAAAAUUGUGAUACAAAGUUAGGAUGGAUAUAUGAAUUUGCCAUGGAAGAAAAUCAGCGCUAUAAAGAAGGUAGAGUUAUUUUGGAAAGAGCAUUGGUUACCGAAGGAGAUGGUCUUGAACAUGAAAUAUAAACAUACACAUACCUUGAGAUGUGGAUUUUUACAGAUUUGUUUUUUUCUCAUUUAAAUUAUAUUAUAUCAAUCUUUAACAUAAUAGUAUAAUGGGUAUAACUUAAAUAUACUAAAUAAUAAUUUUUUUUUCUUAUUUUAAAUAUAAAUGUUUUGAUGCUCUAUAUAAAAUAACUUAGUUUAUGCUAUUCAAUAUUUUUUUCUAAUUAUAUUAAAAUAUUUUACUGCAUGUUUAAAAUGAUUCAAAAACUAAAAAAAAUGCAUGUAAAACUGGUAAAUAUUUUAAUGUAUUAUACCUAUAUAGCCAUUAAGUAUAUUAUCUAUUAAUUUAUUUGUUUUAACUUUAUUUUGUUGAUAAAAUUAUUCUUUCAUGUAAUUGAAUAAUAAAAAUAUUAUUUUUGCUUGUGGUUAAAAAACACAGUCAUGAAACAAA